AUGGAGGUAACUCUCAUAGGGCCUCUCUUGAAGGCAGCUCAAUGGAUAUACCAAAGUCUAGAUACGUAUAAAAGUCUCGACGAUUCCAUCGGUGCCCUUAUCGAGCAAGUGAAGUGUCUAACUAAAAGUAUCGAAAUGCUCAAAAAUAUGGCCGAGAGGAGACGUUUAGCUCGUUCAUGCAAUAGUCUUCUCGGUGACGCAGAUCCAAUAGAGCAGGAACUUAGCGCCCUCCUUAAAAACACCGACCAGACACACGAUGAAGUCGAGGAGUUCCUCAGAGAGAUGAAAUUUGAGCUUGAGAUACCCCAGAAUCUUAACGGGGAGUGGAUUGCAGCACCCAAUUCAACUAUCAAAAGCUUCUUCCGGCAAGAGGGAAUCCAGGGGAAACUGAGAGUUUUCAAGCACCGCUACCAAACACUAGCCAACAUGGUUAACUUCCUGGCAAGCACUUUGCAAUGGCAUACUACGCAAGAGUUAAUCAGUACAUUCCCAUCGAAGAAUUCGAAAAACCACCCGCGGACUCCUAAACGGAGGUUAGGUGAUCCAGAAUUGCUGCUUCUCCCUAAAGAUUUGGGCGCAGGAGGCAAGUCGACAGCUUUUCAACGUUUCACAGAGCAGGAGUUUUUAGAAUCCGUAGAUCUGAGCACAAAUGGGUCGACCAUCAUGGAAAAUGAAACUACAACGGAAGUGGAGGCUUCUUAUACUGACUCGCAGGAAUGGCUGUUUCGGAAAUUCUACGAGCAAGAAGUAGCACUAGAGAACUUUAAAAUUUGGUAUUUAUUGAGAAAAGUGCUACUGUGGGUCGGUGAGUGUGGAUCGAGUAUUGAAGGACUGAAGAGGGGGAAUCCGGAGUAUGUAGAAAACUACGCUCAACUCAUGAAAGCUGCUUGGCUCCUCGUCGGAGUAAUGAAAGCUUUUCCGGCAGACAGCACCGUCGGUCAAUUCAAUGAAAGUGUUGUGAUUGCAGUACAAUAUCAAAUACACGAGCUUCAACCAGUCGCCGGGGAAAUCCCAUCCUUAGAUUCGGUUCAGAAAGUGCCACGAGGAAUCUUGGACCUAAAUCUAAGCCGUGAAGAGGAAACAAAGAUCGCGCAGUGCGAGAUUCAUAGUUUCGAUGACCCGUCUGAGGUUGUUAUCUUCCAAAAAGCAGUCCAGUAUGAGGGAUAUAAACGGGAGAAGCGCUUGAUCAAAGUUUUGUUCGACAAAACCGGCUUCCAUGGAGACUCUCCAUGGUUUAAGAGUACUACAAUGAUAGUCGACGACCAACAACUACUUGGCGAGCCAGAAGAAGAUGAUUAUUGGAUUCAGAGCAAGAAUGGGCGAAUCCGGUACGAUAGAUUGAAAACACGCUUUACGCCCCUAUUCCCCAGCUCAGAGUCGAGAGUGGUAGAAAACAACCUCUCUGAGGUGGCGUUGGAUCGCGAUAUUUCCCUAAAGGGUGUCGAGGAGGGCACUCACACUGAUAGAACCGUUGAAAUAGAGUUUGAAAACCAGGAGGGUGAGUCCGACAAAGCCCUAACGCUGCAAAUUUCCAACAUGCAAUUUGCGGAUACGAAAUCCGAGAAACCUUGUAAGACGCUUCGACAGAUCCCUGAUGCAUAUUAA